AUGUUGCAAGGACUGCCAGGUGCUAGCAAGUGUGCUUCAUUCGCCUUUGCAAGGAAGAGAGAACAAUUGCAUGAAGUGACAGAGGAGGAGAAUGUCAUACCGUCGACAGAGAGUGUUUCGUCCCGGUCAAGUCCAGCGCUCAAAGAAUCUCAAACAAUCAUCAAGGCGGCAUCUCAGGCAGAGCCCGUGCCGACCGCUGAGAAGAAAGUUGAAGUAGAACGAGAUGAUUGGAUUCCUCUCUUGCAACAGGAGUUGAAUGACAUGAAGAACAGAACAAGGCACACUAUUCAACCACUUUCUUACAGUCAGCUUCAACCAGAAGGGUGGACAGCACAAGAGGUUGACACCUUCUUCAAUGGACUGAAUGAAUAUCAGAUGUCGACGUCACAUCUAGCGGCUGCGAUUGGAACCAAAACAGCGCAGCAAGUCAAUGAUUAUGCAUCUUAUGUGUGUGAUGUGAUGGACCGUCGCGUCAAGGCAAGCCGUGAAGAGCAGCUGCAGAAACAAGCAGCUCUGCUAGCGGCUGCGCACCAAUCAAGCAAUGCUCAAGACGCUGGAGCUGCCGCUUUACAAGCUGCUGUCACGGCUGCAGCAAGUGCGCCCAAAGAGGGGACACAGCUGAGAGAGAUGCUGAAGAGCCAAUCUUCCCAUGCGAUGCUCGCACAAGUCUUGACACAUCUGUGGCACACGGAAAGACUUUGGCGCCAUGCCCUUCAACAAGCGCUGCAGCUAUUUAAUGAGACGCACGUGCUAUCCGACAAGAUGAUGGAGAAGCUUUUGGUCCUUGGUGCGAGAUUGAAGAGUGGGAAGGGUUUCAGCGAGGCAUCACUGAAGAAACGAGUUGAAGAGGAGACUAAACGGCUGAAGGCGGAAUCGAUGGAGAAACAGCGGAAACAGGUCGAGUUGGAAAAGCAGCUGAAGAAGGCUCAAUUGGAUCAGAAGAAGUUGAGAGAUGAUCUCUCGACAUCGGAGGAGAACGUGGCCUCCUUGAACAAAAAUCUGAGAGAUUUUGAGGGCUUGCGCGAUCAGGCCUUAGCUCAGAUGUCGGAGUGCAGGGGAAAGCUUCUCAAGGAGCAGAAGGCCAGGCACGCGCUCAUGCUGCGAAAAGAGCGGUUAGAGGCGGAAGUCAUUCGACUUCGAUGUACCAUCGAGGCGGAUGGCAGAAGCCGUCGGGCUCAAGAGUGCAAGGCUGAGGCGCAAAGCUCAAGGAUGGAGGAGCUGGAGGAAGAGCUGAGGCUGGAGAGAGCGAGACGAGAGAUGUUGGAGAAGCAAGUGGAAACACUAGGACACAAGCCGAAUUAUGACGAGCUGCAAGUCAUGGGGGUAGGAGAAAAGCGAAGGCGACUUGAGGAGGUGCAGGAGACUGGGAGGGGGGACAGGCAGAGCGAGCCUGGAAGAAGUGACAGGUUUCGACUGGCGAAGAUGGCAUCGAUUGCAGUGCCCGGAUGGAAGAAAGAGCAAGACGGAAGCUGGUGCGAAGAGAAGAGGAGGAAAACGACACAAGCGUAG